AUGUUGAAGAAGGCUAAACUUUGCCAUGCCUGGGCCAGGACGAUCCACACCUACCAGGUAUGUAUGAAACUCUUCUCACUCAUCUCCGUAUGAUUCAUACGAUUAGGGAGUUUAAGAUACCACGACGGCGACAGCUACGAAAAGGUCACUUAAAAAGUGAAUUUGUGUUCUUUCAAUCUCUAUCGCGAUUACUCCAACUCAUUUACUACGUCAAAUGCAAGCGAACUCUUUUUGAGUCGAAUUACUAAGAAUCAUAUUCAGGUUCAGAAAGAGAAAGAAAAUUUAGCCGUCGCUUGUUUGCGUCCUCCAUAAAUCGUGAAAUUAGGCAUUUUCCCGUCGUAAUCGGGCAGAGACGGCAAAGAAUUGUAUAAAAAAGCGUGCUGCACGUGCAGAGUUGUUGUUUUGCCUAUUCAACCAAUUUCUUUUUUGACGUUCUCGUUGUCGUCGCCGUCGUGGCAUUUUAUACUCCCUAAUGUUGUUUUGAGUUGGCCUGAAAAAACAGCCGACAUUUGGCAACGUCUCCACUGGUUUUCCCGCCAAAUGACGUCUGAGGAACGAACGCAGAAAUUCCAUACUGAUGACGCGUCACUACCCAGAUCUGGGUAGUGCUUCUUAUUAGUCGUGCCGCGUGGGAAAUUUGCUUCAACCAAUCAGAGGCACUACCCAGAUCUGGGUAUUGACUCGUCAUCAGUAUGGAUUUCUGCAGUCGUCCCUCAGACGUCGCUUCGUGGGGAAACCAGUGGUGGCGUCCUGCGCGAAAUGUCGGCUGUUUUCUCGGCAGGCUAGUUUUGAGGAUAUCUCUCCUUUUUUCAUUCGUUUUUUCAUACGUUUAGUUCAAGACGUCGGUAAAGAAAAAUUGUGAAAAGACGAUCUGAAGGGAAGGUUUAAAACGUCAGCUACUUGGAUAAUGUUAUACAGUGCACGUUCUCCAAACGAACACUCCCGUAAGGGGACAGCUUUACUUACGGCAACACCGCGGCAAAACGCACUGCGCAUGAGCACAAAAUUUAACAUCCGGUCAGCUUUUUAUUUCCGGUCUAGUAUAUAAACCAAUUGCGUAAGCAUAACAUUGCCGUCGUGCCAAGUUUGAAAGCAAAAAGGGAGAAACAGACAAAAAAGGGGGCGAAAGAAAUCACUUCAUUCGAAAGCUUAUAUAUUUUUCUAGCGUCAAACUUUUGCACCACAUGGUUAUCUGUUUGCACCAACGGUGAAAAUGAUGUUUGAAGUUUGCAGGUCGCGAGCGCUCGACAAGACGAAUUUGUUUUUACUGGCUUUCUUGCAUGCUACUGGUUUGGCAGAAGUUGUGGGAGAAGGCGACAACUAAGAAUAGAAUAACAAUACUUAUGAAAGAAACCAAGAUAAAGACGUCAUCAUUAUCAUUAACAUUAAAACCAGGAAAUAAAAUUUUAGUCCCGGUUUAAUAAUUUUUUUAUUAUCGGAGAAAACAAGAGCUCAAAACAAGACAUGGGCGGGAUUUAACAACAACUUCGACUUUCAUGACUGCAGUCACGAACACCCGGAGUUUUCAGUGCCGGGAAACUAAACAGUAUAAAUGACUUUCAUUCAAGAAAAUGCCUAUUUAAUUCUUUUACAUGGUUGUUCUUUGGUUGAAGACUUCAAUAAUUUCAGACUGUGCGGCUCGGCUGCAUCUCAUGCAAACACGAAACUUCCAGCUGCUAAAUACAUGGCAUGAAAAGUUCGACUUCUAAAAGCCAUCGAAUCAGCUUUCGCUCUCCCAUUCUGAGAAUGAAAAAAAUUAAUACACACAAGCUUGUAAUGAUAACAUUUUAUGUCUCAGUUUCAGCCAGGUUAAGUAAAAAAUAACAGUCAAAAACUUUGUUUUCGUGAAUGAAAAUCAGUUUAACUGACGCUCUAGCGAAAAUUACACACUGAGUUAUUAUCAUCUUACCUUUUCUGAAUCUAUACGACUAAUUGUUUCAGUGAUCUGUGCCUGGUUAUCCACAAAAGCAAUUUCAAUAACUACAAAAUAGUCAAAAACACGAGCAGCGUGAAUCAGAACAACUGAACCACAAGCUGCACAGAAGUCGAGAGCGCGCGGGAGACGUUGAUCUGACUGGAAAGUGUGACUGAAAAAGAGACCGGAAAUGCUCAACCUGGCGCAUGCGUAGACGUUUUGCCGCGGUGUUACUUACGGCUACCCUCACAAACCCCCCUUUACUCAAAUCCCAUACAAACCCUGUAUUUUUACAUCUCCGUAAGCGGCCAGCUCCAAUUACAGACACCUUUAUCGCUUCCCGAGGGUGUCCGCACACGAGAGCUUCCACUGUAUAGAAUUUCCACACGCUUCUAAUAGCAGUUUUCUCUCUUUUACUGAAAUCUUGCCGCCCAUUGCCAGCAAGACGGUCGUUACGUCAAAGCUCACCGUUUUGAGGAGGUGGCGUGACCGAGUGAUCAGCGCGUUGGACACGCAAUCUUGCGAUCUCGGGUAUGACUCCUGCUCUGACCACUAGCUGGGUUUGCUUCUCGGUCGUCCCGAGUUCAAAUGCCCGGUCAUGCUUGUAAACAGCCAACUGGUUGCCUCCUGUUAAUGUGUCUUGUUUUAAUCCUGUUAUUUUAUAUUUGUAUUUUUUGUUUCCGAUUAUUUAAGUGGAGUGCCUGUAAGCUAGCUAGAGCACUUAAGUUAACCUCCGCUAUAAAAAUGAAGCAUUUACCAUUUACAUUUCAAUGUGGUUUUGGUACGUAAACCAGGAUUUAUGAAAGACAACAACAACAACAACAACAACAACAGCAACAUAAGCUUUAUUUGCAUGACUAUAAUUAUGUAGUUACAGUAUUGCAAAAGCUUUAACAUAAAGUUACAAUUUAUAACAAUGAUAAUGUAAUGCAUUGAUUACUACAGUCAAUCAAGUGUCAUCAGCAUGAUUUGAUAACAAAUUAGUACGUAAAUCUACGCCAUACAUUUUGUCUAUAUCUUUGUUCUAGGGAUCAGAGAUUGACACCGUUGUAUACGUCGUGGGAAGCCCUAUCUACCAAACCUGCCAACAUGUGUACACCGCUGUCACUCGAGGUGUCCGACAAGUUAUAAUAAUCCACCAUCCUAAGCAUUUGGAAACAGCAGUUAAAACGAAGCCUUUUUCGAGAAACACGAAAUUACAGAAGUUUCUUACUUCAGAUUUAGAAAAGCCACCUGUUUCCAAUGAAGGUGAUAGUGAUGUAGAGGAGGAUGUUACCACUUCUCCAGCUAAUGACGUCGGCAGCAUUUUUUCUGAAAGCGAUGAUCACAGUGAUGUCUUUUCGAGUCAUCAUCUUAGUUCUAAUGGCUAUGUGUCUUGCACGGGAGAUCUUCAAAAGGGAGAUGGCUGUGGAAGUCGCACACGCGAGAGCCCAUUCUGGAAAGAUGAAGUUAAAGAUGAGGAAGAUAACGAGAUCCUGGCUUGGGCCUUAGAAGUAGAAAGUUCCCAAACUCAACGAAGCACCUGCAACACGACCGGACGUGAAUCAUUCUACAUCUCAAGAAACAAUUUAAGAAUCAAACAAGAGAGAAGGAACUUUUUAGGCUGUCAAAUUAGGCAGGUUGUCCGUUCUGGUGUUGAAGACAUGGGUGAUCAAACUUUCGUGGAUUCUAGGAGUUCCUUUGAUGACAGAAUUAUCCCAGCUUUGAGGAGCGAAAACCUCGGGAAAGAGGAAGCUGAUGCAGUAACAAGUCCCUGCUCGCUUCCCUCUGAAAGUCUGACGGGCCUUGCAUUAAGUGGCACAAACACGCUGUCUUCGGCCGCCAAUCAAUUAUCACCAGCUGUCAAAAGUUGUAGUGUUUUUCAUUGUAAUGGGAGUUGCCCCGUAAGUUCGGCAUUCCCUUCUCCUCCCCAGACUCCACCAAACAGAGGCUGUGAAACUGAGACAAGUGAGAACCUCAUCUGGGGAGACGAGUUUGAUGAAGAGGAAGAUGACGAAAUUCUUGCUUGGGCUUCUGAUGUGGAAAGUUCCCAGCCGCAGAAAAGUAGCACAUGGACAGAGGGCGAGUAUCAAGCUUCAGGAAAUAAACUGAACAUCAAACAAGAGACGAGAGGUUUUUCGAACUGCCAUGUUAAACGAGAAAUUGAGAACAUGUGCGAACAAACUUCUCUGUCUUCUGGAAAGUCUCUGACUGAGAGAAGUACCUCAGGAGUGACUAGCAAGAAAAGAGAUGAAGACAGAGCUGAUGUAGUAGGAAAUGCGGCGUAUUCACAGUUUUCUGAAAGUCUUGCUGGCUUCACAAUGAGCGCUUCAAACACCUUGCCAUCCUCAAUCAAUCAAGUAUCACCAGGUUCAAAUAGCGGUAGCCCCAAAACGUAUCCUAGGAGAUUCUCUGAAAGUUCAGCUUUUUCUACUCCUCCACAGACCCCACCCAACACCGCGACAACCCCGUCUACUUCGGCGAAGCGCGCAUACAACACCUUCCCAAGUAAAGGAAAUCGACCAAGGUCGGCGUCGCUCCCGAAUCCUGGAGGGACUCCAUCGAAGCAAGGACGAAGGUCAUUCGUAGCAAAGUUUAACACUUGGUGCAGUAAAUGUAGAAGUCCAAUCCGCGCAGGAAUCGAUGAGAUAACUCAUUUGGGAGGCGGAUCAAGCAAAUCAUGG